ACUGAAGGAGGGCCAGGGCGGUACGAAGCGGGGGUGGGCCCUGCGCGUAAUGGUAGCGCUGUGGCCUCGCGUCCAUCUUUACCGCUCUCUUGGACCUGUCACAAAGGAGUCGUGCUGCCGCCGCCGCCCCCUCCCUCCGGUGGGCCCAGGAGCUAGAGAAAAACUGCCGUUGGAUGACCAGGAUUCCCUGCAGUUGAUAAUGUUGGAGAUAAACUCUGAAACUUUCUUCAGCAUUCAGUUGUUAAAAACAAAUAGGAUGCAAGUUCCUCAACCCCAGGUUAUGAAAACAGUACUUGGAAAACUCAAAACUAUCUAAAUGAUCGUCUUUGGUUGGGCCGUGUUCUUAGCAAGCAGAAGCCUUGGCCAGGGUCUGCUGUUGACUCUCGAGGAGCACAUAGCCCACUUCCUGGGGACUAGAGGUGCCACUACUACCAUGGGUAAUUCCUGUAUCUGCCGAGAUGACAGUGGAGCAGAAGACAGUGUUGACGCCCAGCAGCAACAGGCUGAGAACAGUGCAGUACCCGCUGCUGACACGAGGAGUCAACCCCGGGACCCUGUUCGGCCACCAAGGAGGGGUCGAGGACCACAUGAGCCAAGGAGAAAGAAACAAAACGUGGAUGGGCUAGUGCUGGACACACUGGCAGUAAUACGAACUCUUGUAGAUAAUUGGCAUUGGGCCUCCAGAGAUGAAGGAUGGUUGGACGUUGUCCAGUCUUUAAUUAGAGUUAUUCCAUUGGAAGAUCCAUUGGGACCAGCUGUUAUAACAUUGUUACUAGAUGAAUGUCCAUUACCCACUAAAGAUGCACUCCAGAAAUUGACUGAAAUUCUCAAUUUAAAUGGAGAAGUAGCUUGCCAGGACUCAGGCCAUCCUGCCAAACACAGGAACACAUCUGCAGUCCUAGGCUGCUUGGCCGAAAAACUAGCAGGUCCUGCGAGUAUAGGUUUACUUAGCCCAGGAAUACUGGAAUAUUUGCUACAGUGUCUGAAGUUACAGUCCCACCCCACAGUCAUGCUUUUUGCACUUAUCGCACUGGAAAAGUUUGCACAGACAAGUGAAAAUAAAUUGACUAUUUCUGAGUCCAGUAUUAGCAACCGGCUUGUCACAUUGGAGUCCUGGGCUGAUGAUCCUGAUUAUCUGAAACGUCAAGUUGGUUUCUGUGCCCAGUGGAGCUUAGACAAUCUCUUUUUAAAAGAAGGUAGACAGCUGACCUAUGAGAAAGUGGACUUGAGUAGUAUUACGGCCAUGCUGAAUAGCAACGAUGUCAGCGAGUACCUAAAGAUCUCACCUCAUGGCUUGGAGGCUCGCUGUGACGCCUCCUCUUUUGAAAGCGUGCGUUGCACCUUUUGUGUGGAUGCAGGGGUGUGGUACUAUGAAGUAACAGUGGUCACGUCUGGUGUCAUGCAGAUUGGCUGGGCCACUCGAGACAGCAAAUUUCUCAAUCACGAAGGCUACGGCAUUGGGGAUGACGAAUAUUCCUGUGCAUAUGAUGGCUGCCGGCAGCUGAUUUGGUAUAAUGCCAGAAGCAAGCCUCACCUACACCCGUGCUGGAAAGAAGGAGACACAGUAGGAUUUCUGUUAGACUUGAAUGAAAAGCAAAUGAUCUUCUUUUUAAAUGGCAACCAGCUGCCUCCUGAGAAGCAAGUCUUUUCAUCUACUGUAUCUGGAUUUUUUGCCGCAGCUAGUUUCAUGUCAUAUCAACAAUGUGAAUUCAAUUUUGGAGCAAAACCAUUCAAAUAUCCACCAUCUAUGAAAUUUAGCACUUUUAAUGACUAUGCCUUCCUAACAGCUGAAGAAAAAAUCAUUUUACCAAGGCACAGGCGUCUUGCUCUGUUGAAGCAAGUCAGCAUCCGAGAAAACUGCUGCUCCCUUUGUUGCGAUGAGGUAGCAGACACACAGUUGAAGCCAUGUGGACACAGUGACCUGUGCAUGGAUUGUGCCUUGCAGCUGGAGACCUGCCCAUUGUGUCGUAAAGAAAUAGUGUCUAGAGUCAGACAGAUUUCUCAUAUUUCAUGACACAUGUGAAGAGGCAUCAUGGACUUAUUUCUACUCAAUUCCAGCCAAUGUUGAAAA